GAUAUUCUACGACCUUGGGCCUUGGGUCGACUGGAACUUCAUUCAUCGAUUGCCAUCAUUUGUUGACGAAGAAGGGAUGAAGCCGGUUGUUCCCUCGCAGAAGUUAUAAUUUUAUUGUGUUUAAGCAUUUUUUAAUCAUUGAUAAAUAUACCAGGAUGCCGAAACCAUUUAACUGCCGGUUGAUGCUCGAGAAUGUCCCCAAAACAGACAAUAGUUUUGUGGCACAUUUGCCGAGGGGAUUUGUCGAUUACUACCGGCUGACGAUAGAUCAUCCAACACCCUACAUCUUCGUCACUUACAAGACUCCUGAAGCGUGCAAACAGGCCCUGCUGGAAAUCACGAGCAAUCCAAAAAUCACAUUCACAGCUAAACAGUGCUCGGACAAUCAUCAAAACAACAGAUCCAACAAUUCUGAUAAAUCGGACAAGAUUAUGACGCAGGCAUCAAAACAGAAUCCGGCCAAGAUGAGCAAGUGCGUGUUGUGUGAGAAAGCCGCUGGACUCAUGUGCGAGAGAUGCUUGGAUCCCUAUUGUUCAGCAAGAUGCCAAAGGGAUCACUGGCCAAUCCAUCGGGCUGUCUGCCGAAGGAUGCCGAAAUUGGUUCCUUUUGAGGAGUCUACGGUAAGAACAGAAGUCGUAGAGGAAAGAUCCCCUAAAGCCGCAGUGCAUGAGCUUCAGUUUGAACAGAAUCCUCCAAUGGACCUUAUGAAUGGUAAUCAUGUGGAAGAGAAACAGGAGAGGAAUGAGGUUAAGGCAUCUCCAAGGCCUUCCACUUCUGCAAUCACCAAUGGCAUGAGCCCAUCUGCCAGUGAAAAUAUCACUCCGGAACGUCGCUCUGUGGCACUUCCUGAAACAAUUUCUUUGAAUCUGCUCGAUAUUCCACGUGAAGAUUUCCCUCCGAAUGAAUCACUGAUCUGCAUUCUGCACUAUCCAGAUUCUAACAAAGCUUCCCAGAUGUUCAUCCAUGGACAAGCCUCAAGUGCCACAAUGAAGAAGAUUCACACCAAAGCUAAGGAAUUUGCUGCCAUUCUGCCACCGAUUAAGCAGCCGCCGGAAUUGGGAAAGAUCUAUCUGGCACCUUUUGACGUCGAUCCCGAUGAUGAUUCCUGGUACCGUGUUGUGGCGAAGUCCUACGAUCCAGAAAGUGAACUUGUCGUUGUCGCCUAUAUUGACUUUGGCAAUGCCAGUGAAGUCAAGUGGAACAGACUCCGGGAAUUCCCCAUUCAAAUGGCAAACAUUCCUCGGGUGACUUUUCGUGUGGUGCUAAAGGGUGUUCCGUGUUUUGGGAACAAGGAAGAAGACAAGUUCUACAAACAGGAACUGACGUGCAAGCUUCUGAAGAUGAAGUACGAAGGAGAACCCAAGAGGAUUGACACAGAAGUUAUGCUCUAUGAUACCGAAUCAAAAGUCUGCAUCAAUGAAUACUUCAAUCGAAAUGAAGCUCUGAAGAAGCUUGAGCACUUCAAGCCUGUCCAGUACAAUUUGGAUUGUGUGCCAAUGAAACAGUUUACCGUUCUAGAGAAUGUAGACAUUGCCAUUCAAUAUGACGAGACGCUCGAUAAGGGAUUCAUCUACUUUGUCCUGACUUCUGAUUAUACAGCCAUCUCCGAAAUCGAAAAGAAAGCCACUGAAGUUGGAGAGGCUACACAGCCGUACAAGCCACAAAAGGGUGAACUCUGCAUUGCAAAAUUUGCAUACGGCAAUGACGAGCCAACCUGGUAUAGAGUGGUGAUUGAGAAGAAAGUCGAAGAUGAAUAUGCCUAUUUUGUGUACUUUGUCGACUAUGGAAAUGUCGGCAAAGUAGAGGGGAAGGACAUUCGUGAAAUUGUGCAGGAUUUGAUUGUAGAAUGCCCUCUGAUCUGUGCUAGCAUUGACGGUGGUAAUGAACCGUGGACGAAGGAACGAGCUGCAAAGUUCCGGAAGAUUGCUGCUAAGUCUAUGAACAUUCUGAAGGCACAGAGAAUUGAGUUCAAGAAGGACAAAGAUGACUACGUCGUCAGCUUGCCUGAAAUUGUUAACCAACUUUAAAGUGAUCUGUAAGGUAUUUCUUUAUCUUCUUUUUUUUCUACAGACUCAAACUUUUUUUUUUCAAUACAACUGAAGUUUGUUGAAUUACUUAGUUUUUUUUAUAAUUAUAUAUGAUAUGACGCUCAAUUAUAUUUGCACAAGUGUCAUCCCGCGUAAAAGAGAUGAAAUAAAGUAUUCCAUAUUGAAUUUCUCAUCCCAAA